AUGUAUAAAAAUUGUUGGGUUAUUUUGUUUGUUGUAUUCAGUUUUAUUAAUCCAGCUUACUCAGCUAGAUUAGAUACUGUGGAAAAAGUAAUGGGAUAUUGUAAAUUGUAUAAUGUAGAAGACUCAUGUACAGAUUUGGCUAUGCAUAUUCAAAGUCCAAUUAAAUCUGGUUUUUCUAUUGAUAUUAAAACUAAAUUUUUUGAAGAGUCAUUAAAUUCCAAAGUAAAAAAAAUAUCACCAACAGUUAUGCCAAUAAUGAAGAAAUUUAAAAGUGGUUCUUUUAAAUCUAAUAAAUUGCAAAGAAAUUUAUAUUUAGGAGAUUCAGAAUAUUAUAUAAAUAUGAAUAAUAAUAAUUUUACCAACUAUAACACACCAGAUAAUAUUGAAAAUAAUAAAACUAAUAACUAUACAAAUAAUGGUUAUAACCUGGAAGAACUUAUGGAAUAUUUUAAGAUUUAUAAUUCAACUAUUGACGGUCAUCCUUUAGACAUACUUGAUACUAACACAUCAAAUGAUAUUAAUAUAUUUUUUGCAACAAAUAAACCCAACUAUAUACUUCCUUUUGAUAUAAUAGCAAAUCCAAUUCAUUCUAAGAUUUACAAUAUAUAUAAAGGUGCAAUGAUAAAAUUAGGAAAGGAAUCAAUGAUAAAUGAAACUCAAAAUACAGUUGUAAUUUCAAUUCCGGAUGUAUCAGAUAUUUCUGAGUCAUCUGAAUUAAAAACUCAAGUAGAGAAUUUGUCAAGAAUACCAGUAGAAGUCGAUGUAAAUGUAUCCAUGAAUAAGUAUUCAAAUGAAACAUUUAAUAUUAAAGAAUUUAAUAAUUCUGAUAUUGACUUCGAAAAAACUACGAGAUAUUUAAAAACUGAAUUUAAUAUAAAAGAUAAAUUCAUAGGCAGACAAAAAAUAGAUACUGAUAAGAGUAUAAGAGAUGAACCAGUAGCAAUAAUACUUUCAAAUCAAUCUAUAAUAAAUAAAAAUAUGGAUAAAUCAUUAAAUUUAUCUUCUGUAGGAUCAUUUGAAAGUGAUAAUAAUGGAAUAUAUUCAGAAGAUCCUGCAUUAUCAUUUUAUAUUAUGUCAUUAGAUAAUAGUGUACGAUAUUUACUCCAUCUAAGAAGAGGUAAUAUUAAACUAAUCAAUGAUGUUUUAAAUAGACAAUCACCUUUUAUUAGCCAUAAAAUUACUGGAAAUAAGCUUCCAUUAUUAUCUCAAGCUGUAUUAUUAUCUUCCUCUAUUAAAUCCGAUGGUAUAAUAGAUGCAUUUAUACGCCCCUACUCAACAAAAGAUAAUCAAACACAAGAAAUAAAAGUUGACAGACAUAACUCGUCAGUUAUUGUAGAUUCAAUAUGUGACUUUAAUAUACCUCAAGAUUUUGAAUUUAAUUAUGGAGACAACGUAGAGAUAGUGUUAGGACAAGAUAGUAUAACAUUAUAUGCAACUAUAAAAAUAAAUGGUCUACAUAAGUUAACUAAUGGUACGAGUAUUCCAUCUCAGCUUAUUACAACACUAGCUGUUAGUGCAAUUGGAGUUACAGAUGCAACUCUAAUAUCUAUAUGCUGUGGUCCUGAUAUUCCAUUCCCUAAAUAUACUAUACUAACGUUAGACCAAUUUCAUCCAAUGAAUCUCUACCAAGUUCCAUCGUAUAAUAUUACUCAUAUAUCUCAACAAUCUACACUUUGGUCCAAAAUCCUCAGUAUAUUUACAGGUAGAGGAGAAACAAAAGAAAUUGGUCAAAUUGAAGAAUAUAUAUAA